AUGUCCGACUCCCCUCAAUCUCCUCCAAAGGAUGUCGACCAAGGUGCACAGUCACCCGACGAGGAAGGACAAAUGAAUGAUAACCAGGAACCCCACUCGGCCGGAGGGACUGGCUAUGAGUUUGAAGGUGUCAAGGAGCAAGACCGGUGGUUGCCUAUAGCCAAUGGUAUGUCCUCAUCGUCCCCCCUUCGGCGCCAUUCUCGAAUCAUGAUUGCUUGCCGCAUGUGUGAGACGCCGCGCGCCUCCAAGGCCGACAAAUCCGAUGAGCUAGAUGCUAACAUCCGCAACUUUGCUCCAGUCGCCCGAAUCAUGAAGAAUGCCCUACCUGACAACGCCAAGAUUGCGAAAGAGGCCAAAGAGUGCAUGCAGGAGUGUGUUAGCGAGUUCAUCUCCUUCAUAACCAGCGAAGCCUCGGAGAAAUGUCAGCAAGAAAAACGCAAGACAGUCAACGGAGAAGACAUUUUGUUUGCCAUGACUUCACUGGGUUUCGAGAACUAUGCGGAGGCUCUAAAGGUCUAUCUCUCAAAGUACCGUGAGCAACAAAAUCAAUCGAACCGUGAUCGUGUCCUAGAGAACAACAACUGGGGCGGCGCAAUGAUCCCGGGUGCCGAAAAGACUGAGCCAGGCACAACGAGUGCCGAUUAUGCACCCCCCGAGGGAACGAAUCCUGCCGAAGGGGGCGCCGAUCCGAACUACAUGUAUACUUCUCAUGCCGGUCACAACGGAGCUGGUGCUGGCGAGAGUUAUUAG